GGGGGCUGUGCAGGACAUAGCUCAAAGUUGCAGUACAGGCAAGGACAAGCAGAAGAGUAGUCGUGGAAAGCCAAAGUCAGGGGAAGCCAGAGGUCAAAAUAAACGAUGAGAUAAGCCAAGGUCAGGAGCCGUCUGGAGAACACUGGAUCAAGAUACACAAGUACAGGAACCAUAGUCAAUGAACUGACACUGCCCUCAGAGAGGGUUAAUCUUCAGGUGGAACGAGACAGAGAGAGCAGCCACAGGAAAAGUCCAGCCCCCAUUGCUGGAGACAAGACAAGGAAAAACAUAAGGCUGAAACAAGAACUAAAUUGUGGCUCAGAGGCAAAACAGCAGGCCCAGGACACAGAACGAUCCAGGUUUAUAUCCCCUGUUGGACACUUCUGGAGUGAUCAUGUCUGGAUGUCACGGUGAGAACCGUGACACCACUUAACAUGGACACAGGAUGUUUUGCACCUCCCCUAUUUUAUGACUUACUUGGAUCUAAAAGUAUCCUUAGCCCAUGUGGAGUUCAGCCUCUCUCCCCCUCAGGACACAGCACCCUACCAAGGGAACCCCUAAAGCAGGGGUUCCCAACCCAGUCCUCAAGGGUGGGGCACCCUCAGGGCACUAUAGUGGUCCUUUAAUUAUCAGUCACUUCCAGCUAAAUGGAAAUCCCACUAUAAAAUGAAUUAUAGUGUAUGCAGGGCUUUAAAACUCACGUAUUAAAUGCUGACAUCUCUAAAUUGUUAGUUACAUGACAGGACAAAUAAAACACAACCCAGCUACACAGCCCCUCAAAGCCCUUCACUGCAGCCAGCAGGUGGGUGUGGCUUGCGCCUGGCUGUCAGAGUGCCAGGAAAGUUUUAAGCGCGUGACCCGAGUCUGGGCGGAAAUGACGUAAAGUCGGCCUCGCGACCUGGCGGAAGUGUCGCCGAGCCUGCCGGAAGUGGCGAGUGAGCGAUCUUGUCCGUUCGGAGGAUGGAGGAGGAGAGCCUGGAAGCCCGUAUCAGUGAGUGUUGGGUGGGGUAGGACGGUGCGGUGUGUGGCUGCUUCACCGCUGCAGGAGGUAUCCUGUCACUCAAAGCUUGACAGCGGCCGCGCAGCUCGCAGGUCUCUACUUCCGCAUCGAACCGUCAAAACGUCUGCCUGGCCGCCCGCCCUCCCUCCACCGGCACGUGUGACGUCACAUGUUGUCUAAGUUUCUCUGCCAGAGAUCUGAGCUGUGAGCUUUCUGCCCGGCCUGUCUGACUGUAACCGGGCACUGCUCCUGUCCUGCACGCCUGUCAUGUGACUUGUACAGCAGAUAUAUACUGCCAAUAGAGCCUUAUUACUUCUAUUUGUGAUUCCUCUCUAAAUUACCUCCUAGUAAGGUAGGGGGUAUAUAACCAGCUUCUACAGAACUACAACUCCCAUGACGUGUCAUCAGCCUGACUGAGCACCAUGGGAAUUGUAGUUCUAAGACAGAUAGGGAAGUACUUUUUAGCCACUGUAUGUGUGUGUUGGAGGAUAGGAUUAAUUGUCUGAAAUUCAAAGUUAACUCGAAAUGUUAGGACAAAAGAGCCAGACAAAAAAAAAAAAAGCUGACUUUAGGCACUUUUCUAUUUAAUUUUUUUGUUUAUUUUGAACUUUGAAUUCAUUAUUUAGAGGUUUUAGACACAUCAAAAGUACAUUUGAUUUGCCUUCUUCACACAUGGUUAAUUGUCUGUUAAUUUGGCUGCCAAUCAGACCUCGGCAGAUCAUUGUUCUCCUACAUAAAACUUUUUUUCUGUAGCGCCCCUUGUAGUUUUUUUGCAAUCUGUGGGUCAGAGCUAACAAUGUCUUAAUGAAACAUGCAUGCCACAUCAUGUGACUUUGUUCCUGUUUGCAUUCUUCUUCUGCAGAUCGGGCCACAAACCCUCUAAAUAAAGAGCAAGACUGGGAAGAUGUUCAGGCUUUCUGUGAUCAACUGAACCGGGAUCUAGAAGGGUGAGAAGACUUUUUCUAAGUGUGUGGAUUCACAGCAAAAGUGGGCAUUACUGUGCAUAAUGUAUAAUUAACAGCAUUACUAACUUGGCUAUUGCAGCCUAAAACUUCAAAAAUUAAUUUUGAUUUCAUGAAAUUUUCACACUUCUGUAAACUACCCAAUGUUUUUCAUAUUUAAAAUCCUAAAUCAUACUUCUCAUUUCCUUUCAGAGACUAAUGAAGUUGAUUAAGAAUACUUGCCAUAUACUACAAGCAUCUUUUUAAUAAUUUGGCCUAAGCCUGUGGGCCAAGUUGUAGUUAGAUUAGAGAAAAUUUAUUGAUACUUACCGUAAUUUUCUUUUCCUGGCUAUUAUUCAUGGCAGCAUUUAACAUAUGGGUUUAGCUCCUCCCUCCAACCCUCAGGACAGGAAACACAAUCAAUUAAACAAUUAAGCCUACCUUCCCCUAGUAUAUUAGGUACCCCAGUAUCCCCCACACCCCAGUCCAGUAACAAGACAAAUAAACCAAGAGAGGGUGGGAGACCAAAUGCUGCCAUGAAUAAUAGCCAGGAAAAGAAAAUUACGGUAAGUAUCAAUACAUUUUCUCUAUUCCUGGCUAAUCAUGGCAGCAUUUAACAUAUGGGAUUACCAAAGCAAUAACCACUCAGGGAGGGUAAGUCAUGCUACAAAAACUGUUUAAUAUCCACUUAAGGCUUAUAAGAGUUCAGGACCGAUAGGCCAAACUCUGAAUCAGAACGAGAUGAGAUAUCCACUCUGUAGUGGUGUACAAAGGUUUUUAAAGAUGACCAAUUGGCAGCUUUACAGAUGCUCUCUGCAGGAACUCCUGACUCUGCAGCCCAUGAAGUAGCAAUGGACCUUGUGGAAUGUGCCUUGAUGUCCUUGGGAACUGGAACCUGUUUAGCUCUGUAAGCUUUAGAAAUAGCCUGAACCGUCCAAGAACGAAGGGUUGCGACAGAGGCAGCUUCACCUUUACGAGAACCCCAAGGUAUCACAAACAAUUGGGUAGACUUUCUCCAAUCAGCUGAGCGUGAAAUAUAUGUGGAAAGACACCUCCUUAGGUCUAGCGUAUGACAUCUUUCUUCCUAAGGAGACGAUGGCUCCUGUGGACUGGAAAGGAAGGUCUUUUCUUAUGUAAAUCUCCAAAGUGUCUGUCAGAAGCUGAACAUUCUCUGGUUUCUUCCGGCAAAUCCAAUGUUCUUCUAACAGCCAUAAUCAAAUGCUCCAUAGCUUUGGAGUCCAAGGAGCAAGGUUGUUCCAUAUACUCCUCUUCACUGGAUGAGAUUGGCUCCAAAUCCAGGUAAGAUGAAGUCUGUCUGUAUUCAUCGUCAGACUGAUCUGAAUCCACGCCAAAGUUUUCCCCUCUUGAUCUCUUGAUCUUGUGGGAUUCAGCAAUUCCCUCAACCACUGCCUGCUUAAUCCAAUAAGCAAUAUCCUUGGCUGAGGAGGUAGAGGCUUGUGGUGACCUCUGGCGAUCAGAUUCUCCUGCGACCAUGGUUAAGCAUUUCCUGCAGAGCCUGCAGUUAUCCAAAGGCCUUGCUCCGCAUCCAGGGCAGGCUGCCGGUUUCUCCCUUCUCCUCGAUGGGGAUCUGGGACAGGACCGGUCACGAGGGCUGUAAGAUACAGAAGUCAUAAGACUGUACCCUCUUUUUAGUAACGUGAAGAAACCAAGAACAAAUAUUGCUCACCUAUGACCUAUAGCAGAUCUCGUUGAUCUUGCAGAAGGGGAUGAAGGAUCCAUACUGACUGUAGGGCUAAGAACAAUAAAAUAAUAAAAAAAUGUAUUCCCAGCCCAAUAUUAUGAAGAUUUCAAAAUAUAAGUAAUAUAAGUAAUUCUCUUACCUGCAGAGCUUUAAGAACAGUCUACUAGAGCACUGUAUCUUUAAAGGGAACUGAAACGAGCGUUUUUUAGGCUAAACACCGCCAUUUCAAAUUUCCCGCUCUGUACCUUUAAAUGAUCGCGCAUGCGCACUUCGGUCGCGAGAUCGCUAAACCGCCAUUUUGGAAAGGGGCAAACUUCACUCUGGGUCCGGUCGGACGCAUUGCGCAUGCGCGAGCGUCUUACCCUUAUGCUGAUCGUCUGAUCGAGGUCUGCAGCACACACUGGACGGCAGAGGAUUCCCACAGCCUGUGGAACUAACCACCCAGGCUCCCAGGGGUUCCCAACUCCAUGGAGAUUGGGCUACAUGUGCCUGGGCUUCCUGAGGAGGGAGGCUGACCUCCAAAGGGACAAGACCAUAUAAAACAUGGUCAGGUGAGCAAAAAAUCAGUCAGAAGAGAAAAAAAAAUAUUUAAACUGUCCUAGGGCUAGGAGGACCGGAAAAGACUGAGGUGUGGGGGAUACUGGGGUACCUAAUAUACUAGGGGAAGGUAGGCUUAAUUGUUUAAUUGAUUGUGUUUCCUGUCCUGAGGGUUGGAGGGAGGAGCUAAACCUAUAUGUUAAAUGCUGCCAUGAUUAGCCAGGAAACAGGAAAUUAGGCAAUGUGUCUACUUUUACUAGUUUAAGAAAUGUGUUUUAGGAAUGUGUGGUUUUGCCAUUGAUCAUGUGCUGUUAUAUAAAAAUUUUUUUUAAUGUUUUGUUCUUGUGCCCAUACAUCUGUGUGGUAACUUGAUAAUGUUGUAUAGAGGACCUUAGUUUCCAACUUUUGUAAACUGUACCUCGCAAGGUUCUAAGUGUUAUAAUGAAGCGCUUGACUCUAAGCAUUUUGCAAGAUGCACUUAAAGCAAAGUCGUGAGCCAGGUAGCACGACCCAGGGAAUUCCAAAACAGAGAGCAGCAUAAGAAAAGGUUCAGGAAAGGAGUGCAAAAUCAGAUGCGUAGGUCUAGGAAGGCAUGUAAGAGAUUUGUAUGUAUGUGUUUAGAAUGGAUGGCUGCAAUGUUGAGGAGUGGUAUUGAUAAUCUGCGUCUGUCAUGUUUUCUGUAGCAUAUUGUGCUUUAUACAUUUUAAAUUGUAUAAACCCCUACCUUGUUUACAUUUCUAGCAGUCAAAAAGAUUAAUGGCAUCACUGGUCGUAUUAGACAAAUGUACUUUCUGCCUUCCAGAUGCUGUUAACCCCUUAAGGACCAAACUUCUGGAAUAAAAGAGAAUCAUGACAUGUCAUGUGUCCUUAAGGGGUUAAGCUCGGAAUGUAGUGAAAGAAGACACAAAUGCACUUAAAUUGCAGUUGAAAUUAGAUGGUGUAAUAGGCUAAUGGGCACAUCAAAAAGUAAACAAAUGUUAGUUUGAGACUCUGAUCAUGACAUUAGGCAUUUAUUUGACUCCUGUGACAGGGUAACAGUCCCUGAAUUAAUGCAAGUGAGUCAACUGAUCAGCAACUACAUUUUGUGUGGGAAACCCUCUAUAUAGCAACAUCUAGAAUUGGCUAUUGCAGAUGAAGCAGUGGCCCAGGGGCUGUGAAGCAUGCAGUACACUGUGUGGUAUUUGCUGUCCUAUAUUUAGCCUUGAUGCUAGUAGGUGAGUCAGACAAUGAUUACAGUUUCGACCAUCUGACCUCUAUAUCUACAAUAUAAAUCCUCAUACCGAUAGUAACCAUAUUCGUGUUUUUGUCUUUGUCUGUGGCCAUUAGAUCAUCACUUUAUCUGGGAUGCCAGAUUCAUUGGGUUUACUGGUGAUGUGUCCGAUCAUCUGGUUAAUUCAGGGGCCACAGGCAUUUUAAAGAAACUUCCACCCUAAUGUUCAUUGCUUCACACAUGGACAAUUUGUUCAUUUGAUUUUUUAUUUUUUUUCUUAUGCAAUCUGUAUUGUGCAUUUGCAGUACUUUUCUUUUGCUGCUCGAGGGGCUGUGCACUGUUUUGUAUUUUCUCAUACAGAAUUUGCUCUCAUUUAUAUUAAUCAAUGUCUUGGUUCUGUUUAACAUUAGUUUUUUUUUUUUUUGGUUUUUUUCACAUUUUAUAAAUUCGCAAUAAUGUUUUUAGUGUUUUGGCUUUUUUGAGUAUCAGACUUCACCAUGUAUGUCUCCUGGAGCUUUCUAUGGGAGAUGUCAUUGGCAUACUCACUGAUUUCUCUUUGGGGCACCUGCAUUCCCCAAUUCUUGUUCAUUAUGUAACUCAUGAGCAUACAGAUACAAAAGGACAUGAGGGCACUAUUUAAACGAGCUUACAGUCAAAAGAUUCUAUUAACUUUAAACCACAGUUUUCAGUACUAUAUUUAACUUUAUUGUAAAUGUGAAUGCUUAUCUAGAAUUACAAGACACAACUGGGGUAUGUACGUAAUUGGAUGUCUCUGGGCCGUCAACAUCUUGUAUAUAUUAAAUAGGGGUUUCUCACAUACAUCGUUCAUAAUGAUGCCAAAGAUAGGUUGUCACCUCCUCCUCCUUACUAAAACAGGUAGAUCUGCAAAGCCAACAUUUUAAAAAUAUAGCGCUAGCAACCACUUAUGUGCUCCCCUAUUAGAAACCAUAAAAUCCCCAGAAGUCUGUACAUCUGGACACAUGUGCUGGAAAUACCUUUGUUUCUUUUCAAGGUUGUAACAUCUUCAGAGAUGCCGGUCUGUAUCUGGGGAACACUUGCAACUAUUCCAGCUAAAACCAGACAUGGCAGUGUUGCCAUGGAUAGUCCUGGGAAGCUGCUCCUUUUAUACCUGGAAUGCUAGCCCUGUGAGGUUAUAGCAUUCCAUUUGUGUCCCUAUAGUUCUGGCAAGUGAACAAGUGUAUUAUAUUAUACAUGUGAUGUCAUGGCCAUACAAUUUUUAUUUUUGUAGACAGAUGGUUUAACUCCAAAAUCAAAUUGUAAACCAAUCACCAGAUAAGUGGUAAUUGCUGUCCCAGAAGGUGUUGUCUGUCUUGGAUAACUUUUCCAUUGGCCUUGAUUUCCUCGCAUUAAAUCAUCAUCUGAUGAAGAUGAUGUAAGAGGAAUCUGUGUCUUGGAUGAAAAAGAUAUUUGCCAGUUGUUAUGAAAGUCUCCCCGGUAGGGCAUCCAGAAGACACAUACAGGAAUAAAAGACUUUUCAGUUGCAUCCAUAUCUUAAAUAUGUUUUUAAGAAACCUUUUAUUUUUAAAAUGUUUAAGACCAUUUUUUUUAUAACAAAGAAUGAGGUGAGAGGAAAGUCCUAGUUAACUUGGGCAAUGAUCAAAAUCACACUACUAAACCACUAUUCCCAUAGAAAAUCUGCCAAUGUUAAAUAUCCAGUGAAUGGAGAACUGAUUCUACUCCGUGUAAAUCUUAGUUUACUGCUGCCUCUCAGACUAUAGUUCUUAUUGCGGUUUCUUAAUAUGUAAAUCACAAAGGAUUUGGCUUAGUGAUCUGGAAGAUUGUUAGAGGAAGGACUCUAAUGAGGAUCCAGUCAAGCGGCUUAAAAAUAUUAAUAUGAGAUACCACAUUGGAGAGUUUAGGAUUUGCUUCCAGGUCCAUUGCCCUAGUUAUAGUUAUUAGACAGUUUGGAUAAAAUCCUGGUAACGCCCUGUGCAUCAGAAUAAUUUAUGUAACCUGCCCUUGGAAUAACCUAUUCUCUUUGUGAAGAAAAAAUAUUACUCAAAGAUUAAAAAAAUAAGUUAAUGGAACACUAUAGCAUUAGAACUAGAUGCAGAAAUAAAAACAAAUUUGGCAGAUCAGAUUCCAUACUUAACAAAGAUUUGGAGAAAAUGUCAGAAAUAAGUCAAACAAUCAGAAAGAGAUGUGAUAACAUCUUUUGUGCCAUGUAACAUACAGGUGGUCAAGAUGGUUCACUCUUUUGUAAGUGAGACUCUGGGGAUGGUGCUAGUAUCCAUUGGUCCCAUACUGGAUACUGGAGCAUACAGAUUAAAUAUGAAGACAUGUAUGUGUAAUUUUGCCACAAGCUCUAACAUUCUUGAAUACGUGUCAAAGGUCACCAGGUGUUAAGUUACAUAGCUGAAAAGAGACAUACGUCCAUCAAGUCCAGUCUCUCACAUUUGUUUUUGUUGUUGAUCCAAAAGAAGACAAAAAACCCAGUCUAAAGCGCUUCCAAUUUUGCAACAAACUAGGAAAAAAAUUCCUUGUUGACCACAGAAUGGCAGUUAGAUUUAUCCUCUGAUCAACAAGCUUCACUAAUUAAAAAACUAUAUCCCUGCAUAUUAUGAUUUUGCAAGUAUUUAUCCAAUUGCUGUUUAACCUGUGUAGACUCUGAUAAAGCCACCUCUUCUGACAGAGAAUUACAUUGUUCUUACUAUAUAAAAAAAAAAAAAAAACCUUUCCUUUACCUUUGAUUAAUCUCCUUGUUUCUUCCAGUCUAAAUGCGUGCCCUUUUGUGACGUCUUUUUUUUUUUUUUUUUCAGAGGUUCAGAAAACCACUCUGUCAAUUUUUACAAGUUGAAAGGGACAUCUAAUAAUAUUUGGCUCAGUAGCUUAUCAAAGAAAACUUAAAAAAAUUGUACAUGGGAGUACUCAUAUUCGUGAGACAAUGAGUAAUAAAAAUAAUGAUGCUUUAUUGCACUAAAUCGUAUCAGGAUUAUGAAAUUUCCUGUGAAAAUUGAAUUUGUGUGUGGGGACAAAACAAAAAAUAUAACUAAAUGGGGCCAUCUUUUGUGUUAAUGUGGCUAGGCCAAACAACUCAAAUUAUCCCAUUUGGAAUUUAAUAUGCCAUCAUGGAGGCAAUUUUUUUUUUUUUUUUUUUCCUUCCUGGGCUGCCAGACUUUCUCAAAGAUGACAGAGGCCCAGAAAAUGACUUUGUCCAAUUUCCAAGUUGAAAAUGGCAAUCUAAUAUAUUUGGCCCUGUGACUUCCACCAAACAUUUUGCAAAACUGGUACAUGUGGAUAAUGUUAUAGUUGAGAGAAAAUGUUAUAUCUAAAUAUUGAGACAUGGGGUUGGGGCCUGAUGUUCAAGAUGGCCAGACAUAUAUCUCAAUAGCUAUCGAGGAAUCGUGCUUAAAAACCCAAGACACAGGCUGUUUGUUAAAUCAGUCCAGCAAAGGUUUCUACGCCUGAUCUGGACUAUCUUGUUAUACCUUGAUCCUGAUUAAGGGCUUUUCGGGCUGCUAGGGUAAGAGGUGGCAGAUCUCAUCCGGGCGGUGUGCGCCGGUACCAGUUAAUACACUCUUGAAGCCCCGUCACCCUACCCCCCCGGACCAGUGGGAAUUAUCCUGUUCUCCACCAGGAUGGUAAAAACUCUGCCCUUCAAGCCGACAACCCUGUGGUCCUUGUCGCCGCCACGCUGAACCCCAUCAAGGGCCAUGCUAGCCCGCUGGGCAAAGACUAGACAGAGUUGUUUUUAAACCAUAUUUGAUGGUCUGACAAAAAUUCUGGCAUUACAUCUACAGCAAAGCCAAUAUACUCACCCCUCCAGCUCCUCAGCCAACCCAGAGCAAUGGUUUCAUAGCCCGUACCUCUUCUGGGCCGGUGGCCCACUCAGGUUUCUCCAGCUCAUCCCAACAUACCCAGGGUUUGCUUCAAAAUAUGUUGAACAUACGAUCAUAUUGUCUGUGUGGUGUGGAUGCAUGGGCCACCAAUUCAGGCUUGGGGCCGAGAUGACACAGAGCUACCGCCCUUCGGUACCAGUUAUGCCCUGCAGAGGUAAAAUCAGCAACAUCUAGAGGCCCUGAUAGCGGAGAGUGGGAACACUAUGCUCCAGCUACUUCCCAAUAUUGGAAAACUUAUGAAUGGGGACUCUUUCAAGUUAAGGGCAUAAUACUUUCCUGCUCUGAGUGGUCUCAGUCUUCUUAGACUAUUUUUGCUUUUGACCUGUUGUUUUUUUUUUUUACUCGUUCAUAAGGCUUGAAGUGUUUUCAUGGAACUGAUGUUCAGUCCUGGUAGUCUUCCCUUUCACUCAUGUGCAACUCUAAGCUAUAGCUCUCUCAGCCAUAACACUCUUACCUACUACUAUGAUCAGAAUAUCCUGCUACUUCUACUCUCUCCGUUGCACUCAUUGCAUCCUAAAGACAUGUAUACCUGCAUCUCACUACCUUUUACUACUAUUGUUUGUUACAGCUCUAGACAUGUGAAGUUAGGUUUUCUACUUGAUAUUCUAAAAUGUGCAACACCUCUCCAAAUAAUACACUAUGUAUAUAGAAGGUUCACAUGUAUAUGCUGUCGGGGCAUCGCAUGUAUGUCUGUAAUCGCCUAUGUUCACAGAAUGUGUUAAAAAAUAAAUAAAUAAAUAAAAAUUAUAUAAUAUAUUGCGCACACACUCUGAAAUGCCCUGUAAGUUCGUGUGUGGGGGGGGGAAGCACAAAAUAAAAAGUAUAACCACUAAAUGGGGCCUGAAUAUGUGAUAAAGUGGCUAGAGCACUUUUUUUUUUCCCCUGAAAAAGCAGUGUAUACAUUAAAAAGCCUACAGGAACAAGGCUGCACACACCAGAACAACUGCAUUAAACUGUAGUCCUUGAGAUAAAUCAAGUGUCCCUUUUAAGUAUAAGUUCAUUUGCUGACUACUAAAACAAGAUAUGAGAGCAUAAAAAGUAUGUGAUAUAUCCUAUGACACAAUGAGUUUUUUUUUUUUUGUGCAAUAUAAAACCAAUUUUAAAAUGUAAACAUAUUACAUUAUUUUGAUGUACCUUUUUUUUGUUCUGUUUUCAUUUAUGUUCUUGUGAACAUUGACUCUUCCAGACCUCAGCUUGCAACCAGACUUCUGGCGCACAAAAUACAGUCCCCGCAAGAAUGGGAGGCUAUGCAAGCACUCACGGUAAUAUUACCACCUUUCAUUAAUGUGUGUUAAAUAAAAUUAAAAACAUUAAUAGGGAACUGUCACUUUUACACCAUUUACCAAAACAUUAAAAAUAAUCUAUAACUUGAUAUUCUUAUUAGUGUGUUGAAAUUUCUCUCUCUGUUUCUAAAUUUAAAAGGACUCCCUGCUUCAUUAGUUCUUUAAUGCAUUUGAUAGGCUUGGGCUUCAUUAAUAUGCAUGCUAAAAUCUUUGAUUUUUGCUGCACUAUAAGAUUGCCUCUUUAGCCACACCUCCUCGCUCCUUAUCAAAAAGACAUGCGCACAGCUCAGACACUAACAUACAGAACAACAAAUCAACAUCCAUUAGAAGGAGAGGACACCCAAGAAGACAUAUAGUAAUGAUAAUACUACCUGUUUAUAGUUUCUUUGACUGCCUGCUGCCCACUGGGGAAUUUAAAAGUAGCUCACUUAGUGCUGUUGGGGCUGAGACUGUGAGCAUACAUUUGACAAGGAAGUCUUUCUGGCAUGAGGUGAUGUAGCUAAAGAGGCAGGCUUAUGGUGCAGCAUUCUGCAAAAUAUUUUUGUGCAAAAACUAUAAAGCUUUGACUAUGCAAAAAAAUCUAUCAAGUGCAUUAAAGCUGUAUUGGUGUGCUUUUUCUUCAUGGUGUCGCCAUGCUUUUCCCUAUUAUUAUAUUGUUAGCUCAUGGAUGCUUCAUCUAUUUCCCUACUUUGUCUACUGUGUGUUUUGUGAUUGUUUUGGAAUUUUAGUGCUAGCACUCUGUAUAUGUUAAUUGUGUAAAUGUAUAUCUGUAUGCAUUAAAUAAAUACACACCAAAAAAAAGAAAAUUGUAACCAUGGUGAUGUUGCAGGGUUUGUUUAAUGCUGGGGGUAUUUGUAAUUGCUGACUGGAAACAGCGGAACAAUUAUUUUUCUUUUCAAAGUUUUCUUUUUAGUUGGCAGCAUUUGUGCACCCACGCACUUAAAGGACCACUUCACUGUAGAGAAAUAAAACAAUAAAGAUCUAGUGUCUGCAGCUAUUGCAAGCACUCUCCUCUCUCGCAAAGUUUGUGUUGGCAAAUUUACCUCAUUGAGAAUUCUGUGUGGUAUAGCAUGGCGUUUAAUUCAUUCUUCUCUCAAUGAGCGGUGUUAAAGCUCAUUGAGAAGUGUUAGCAGGUGUGCUCUGAUUCAUAGAGGAGAAAGUAUUUCAGCAGCAAACUUAUAAACAUGCUGAUUUUUCACUUGAAUAGAGGUUAUAAAACCUACUUUUUUUUUUUUUUUCAUUUGUAAAUUUAUUGGAAUUAUUUUCUAAAUAAAAAUGUAAAUACAUGCUAAACAAAUCUGCACUUGUAGAAAUUGGGGGAUGGGGGAGGCACACUAUAACAUUUUGUGAUUUCACUACUAUUUUAUACAUCUUUAUUUCUUAACAUUUAUUAUAAUAGUUCAUAUACUAUGCUGUAACAGGUCCUGGAAGCAUGUAUGAAAAACUGCGGCAAACGUUUUCACAGCGAGGUUGGAAAAUUCCGGUUCCUUAAUGAGCUGAUAAAAGUAGUAUCCCCAAAGGUAAGUUUGUUUUGUUUUUUUAAUACAUUUUUCCCAUCAAGAUAUUGGGAAAAGUACCAGUUAAACCUGUUGCUCUUCUAUAGGUUAACAUCCAUGUCAUCCAGCCGAUGCUGUAUGUUGUAAACCAGGAGUAGUCAACCUUUUAUUAUCUACAGCCCACUUUUGUAUCUUUGUUGAUGGUAAAACUUUUUUUUUUUUUUUUGCUGUUUGUGUAAGGGGGGCAAUGUGUGUUUGUGUGUUAAGGGUGUUUAUGCUGUGUGUAGGUGGGUGAGAUGUGAAAAUCUAUCUUAAUUAGAGUUGAGCGGACACCUGGAUGUUCCAGUUCAGCCGAACUUCGGCAAAAGGUUCAAGUUCGAACUUUUGGGCACUAAAAUGGCUCUAAAAAUGUCAUGGAAAAGGGCUAGAGGGCUGCAAAAGGAAGUAAAAUGUAUUGCCUAAGUACUAAUAUACUUACCCAGUGGAAGAAGAAGAAUGUUACACUGUAUACAAUUUUAAAUAAAAAGUAUACAAACAUAGCCAGAAUUCAGCUGUAAGUAUUUGCAACACUUACAACAAUCAAGUAACACACAUUCAUAUAAAAUGUAAGUUACUUGGCCAGUAAAUGUAAUGACAGGAAUUAAUCAGUCGAUAACUCCCUAAUUCCCACAGUAUUAGAGAGCCAUCUACUAAAAGGCUGAAAGACCUGAAUUGGUCUUUCAGUGAAAUUUAUUAAUACUAAGUAAAGAUUACUUAGUACUAGUAAAUUAUGCCCCUACUCGCUAUACCGCGAGUAGGUGCAUGUCUAUUAAACAGCCUAUGGCUGCUCACUGUUAAAAAAUAAAUAAAAAAAAAAUAAAAAUAAAAGUUGCCUCCACCCCUGAACAGCGGGUGGGGGCCCUAAAGUAAAAUAUUGGGGGAACUAUUGUCCUCCGGCCCCCAACCAUGAGCGGCUGGUCGGGGCCCUAAAUACCAAUAAGGGGGGGGCACCUAUUGUCCUUCCCCCUGGCCCCCACUCUUGAGCGGCAGGUGGAGGCCCUAAAUUAGAGUAAGGUGGGGGACCUACUGUCCGACCCCCACCCCUGAGCGGUGGGUAGGGGCCCUUAAUGUAAAUUGGGGGCGGGGGGCCCUAAUUUCCUCCCUCCUGGCUCCCACCCCUGAGUGGUGGGUGGGGGCCCUAAAUAAAAAUUUAACCCCCCUCCCCAAAAAAAUUAACCCCUACCUACCCUCCUCACCCUAAAAAUAAUGAGGGGUGACCUUUUAACUAAGUACCUGUAUGGGAGGGUUACAUUUUUAUUAAGGGUGGGUAUUUAGGGCCCCCACCCACUGCUCAGGUGUGGGGGCCAGGGGGGGAGGACAUUAGGUUCCCCCCCUUAUUCUAAUUUAGGGCCCCCACCCACUGCUCAGGUGUGGGGGCCAGGGGGGGAGGACAUUAGGUUCCCCCCCUUAUUCUAAUUUAGGGCCCCCACCCACUGCUCAGGUGUGGGGGACGGGGGGAGGACAUUAAGUCUCCCCCCUAAUUGGUAUUUAGGGCCCCCACCCACCGCUCAGGGGGGAGGACAAUACAUUUCCCCCCAUUAUUUUACUUUAUGGCGCCCACCCGCUGUUUGAGGGUGGUGGCCGGGGGGAGGACAAUAGGUCCUACCCCCUUUUUGUUACUUUAGCCCGCAAGGCUUUCUGGGAUGUUACAUCUAACUUCAACCCCUUAAGGACACAUGACGGAAAUAUUCCAUCACGAUUCCCUUUUAUUACAGAAGUUGUGUCCUUAAGGGGUUAAGAAAUGUAAGUGUACAAACAUUCAUUGCUCCAUUCAUAUUUAUUUUACAAUGUCUUAAUCUCGUGCUGAAACCAAAAUAAAGAAAAAUGUCAAUCUCUAGAUUUGUUAGAAGUGUAGAUCACACAAUCCUGAUAUACUGCAUGAUCGAUCCACUUUAACAGCUAGUAAUCUCUUCUCAGACACAUCCUCAAGUCACACUAGUCUAGGGUUUUAUAAAUAUCCCUUUAGGAAAAAAGAUGAAAUCCCUAAAUCCUGAAAUCUUUUUGUCAACUUUAAAUCCAGUGGAGCUGUGAAAUGUAUACAUUUCAAUCUUUAAAGGCUUUUUUUGAUCCAUAGUUCAUGAAGGUUAAGUGCACAAACAGAUAAUAAUUUUUUUUUUUUUUUCAUUAUCAUCAACAGUCCUAAUUGCUUUGGCCUGGCAGCAUUCUAAUUAAUUGCUGCACUGCAGUGGAUUAUAUUUACAUAUACAGAUGAGUCAGUUACAUUUAGAGAACUGCACUACUAUUCUUUUCAUUUGCUGUUUAGGUAACUGGUUUUCACACAGCCUUAUAUUGUUCCCUCUGUACAUUUCAAGUUUAGAUUCUUGAUAAUUCUACAAGGUUCCUAUAUAUGGAUACUCCAAGCACCCUGACCUGUUGGGUAUAAAGUGUUUUUUUGUUAAUUAUUUUUGCUUGGUAGAUAUUUAUUCACUUAUAUUUAAAGGAGCACUGUAACUGCUUAAUUUUGUUUACGUGGUUAUAAUGUCCAUCCAUUCAGGGCAAAACUGUUUUAUUUCUAAAUUAGAAAAGAGUCCCUAGCAUCCCAUCCUCUUUUUUCUGUUUGGGCUAGUGAGGAAGCCUUAGCCUGAAAAGCACUGGAGAGCAGUAAUUGGCUGAGAAUGUCGACUACCUCUCUCAGUCUAUCACAACUUACUUACUGAUCUGAAUUGUUAUGCUUAGAAGGAAUUGUGUAAUCUCUGGUUUAGCCAUACCUCCAGUACGGACCACAAUUCCAACGGUGGCGACAAUAGGCAUUUUUGGAGGUAUUGAGUCAGCUUGGUGUGCCAAGGUUGUUGUUGGGGGCGCCUGCUGCAUUUAAAUGUAGGAGGUGCGAUGAUGUCUAUUUGAGAGGAGAGGUUGGAAUUGUAGAAGGAGGUUGAAAAGCUAGGACAGGUGAGGUUUGAGAUAGGUAAAAGAAGAGUUUGGAGAUUAGUGGAGAAAUGCUCUAGGUCAAGACAUUGGAGGUUUAUGUGAGAUUGAUGUUCAGACGGUGGUGUCAAUUGCGUCUUCGGUAUGCCGAUGUCAAAAGUCAGCAGAUGGUGGUCAGAGGGAAAGGAAUAUUGGAGAGAUUAUAGGCAGUGCAGAGAUUGGUGAAGGCGAGCUCAAGAGUGUUUACCGCUGUAUGGAUUGCUAAAUUGGACCAUUGCAUAAGGCCAAAGGAGGAGGUUACAGAGAGCAGACGAGAGGAAUCAGUGCAAUUCGUGUUGUUGAUUGGGAUAUUGAAAUCCCCAAGUACAAGGGAAGGAGUGCUAGAUGAGAGGAAGUGGGGAAGCCAGGAAAGGUGCUCAAUGAAUAGGCUAGGAUGACCGGGGGGCGGUAGAUGAUAGCAAUUCUUGGGUGGGUUUAAAUAGGCAGACAGUGUGAACUUCAAAAGAAGAAAAGGUUAGGGCAGGGGGAGUUAUGAUUGGUUGAAAGGUAUAUUGAGGGUAAAGAAGGAUGCCUACACCAACUCCUUUACAGUUGAGUCUGGGAGUGUGAGAGAAUUGUAGCCCACCAAAACAUAAAGAGGCAGGAGUAGCGUUAUCAGAGAGGGACAGCCAGGUCUCUGUAAGUGCAAGUAUUGUGUGGGAGUUUGAGAUGAAAGUCGUGUAUGGCUGUUGAUUUUAAAUUAUUGCAGAUGGAGCAGGCAUUCCAGAGUGCACACUAAAUGUUGUCAAGUGAGGGUUGUAACGGAACGCCUGGCAGCCCGACUGGGUACCUUCCGCUGACGGAUGCUCCUAGUAUUCACCGAGGGCUCCAAGCACUCCGCAAUACACCAUAGCCACUGCAUACCCCUCGAACCGCCGCAGCUUGGUUGGGGUCUCGCCGUCCUCCACCCACUCUGGACCCAAGAUCAGGCUUCAGCUUCCAGUGGGUGAACCUCUCCUAAUUCCAGAAAGCAGGAACAAGCUCUUAAAAGCUUUUGUGUUUCUUGUUUAACCAAAUAGCCUAUAAUGUCUACUAUGUUUUGUUUUCUAUGAUGACUUUAAAACUUAGACGACAAAAAAUGAGAAAAGUAGGACACCCACAUAGCAAAAAUGUCAAAAUUGCUUGUGUCAUGAAGUACAAAAUAAGCAAAUUAAAGCUGUAUGUAAGGGCUUAACCUAUGUUGCAAAAUAAUUAACUUAAAUGUUUUAAAAAGAAACUAGCAAGUUUCAUUAAAUGUACUUUCUCUAUAGUAUCUAGGCUCUCGAUCUCCAGAGAAAGUGAAGCUAAAGAUUCUGGAACUUUUGUAUAGUUGGACUUUAGGACUUCCAAAUGAAGUUAAAAUCUCAGAGGCCUACCAGAUGCUAAAAAAGCAAGGUGAGUUAGUGGGACGUGUGAAUCAAGACAAACUUGUGCGACUGCCGGUAUGAGCUUAUAUAAGAAAUGUAUCACAGUCACCCAGACUAAAUAAUGGCUUUUUUUUUUUUUUUUGCAGGUAUAUUGAAAGAGGAUCCAAAGUUACCCCCUGAAGCCAUGAUCCCACCUCCCCCUCCACGACCAAAAAAUGCUAUAUUUGAUGAUGAAGAUAAGUCUAAGGUAAUGUGUUUAACUGCGCGCUCCUUAUGUUUUUUGACUUGAUUUUAUAUUUAAGCAUGUUUACACUUUUUUUCUCAUGUGACAAUUUAUGAGCUCAUCAGUCCAAUUUCCUUGAGAAAGAGUGGAUUAAAUAUUCUAUACUCUAAAUAUACUCUUAUACAAUUUCUCUACCAAAAUGUUUUUGUGGUUUUUUUUUUUUUUUGGUUUUUUUUUCUUUACAUGUUUCUUUUUGACCUUUCCCUGACGUUUGCAUUUUCUGGUUCUGCAUACUUUUUUUUCUUCUAUGGCAAAUCCGCACUUGAUUUGAGAUCUCAUGUCCUUUCUGAAGUCAUUAAAUAACUUGUCUUUCCGUUUUCUCUUCAUGCAUGUAAAAUCUAUCUGCACUCUUACUUGUCUUCAUCUUUACGCUCAGAAACUGUACAUUCUGAAGCACAGGAGGCUGCAUCUAAAUAGGGGGUAACAAUCUAUACAAACAGGUUGAUUUUAUUAAAAAAUAAACUAAUCAAUGUUAUGGGACAGGAUAUACAGUGAAUCUCACAGUAAAAGGUCUUUCAGUGAGGGGCAUUGUAAAAAGGAAACAAAAAAAAGGGGAAAUAUGUUUUAUCCUCUGUACAUCCCCAAAUAAAUAUUAAAAUAUUAGUUGUAAAUACUCCUCUUUUAUGUUUUAAGAGAUAAAUGAAGUCUGGGCGGUAAAGUUUAUAAUGUUUCUUUAAACAUCACAGAUGUAUAGAGUCAGAAACAUAUAGCCCUGCCCCCCUAAGUUAUAGUAAAAUCUUACUGUUAUUCCAGUCUGCUGGUGCUGGCUCUGCCGCUUAUCUGCCUCCUAAAGUCUUGAACUUUAGUUUCUUAAUUUUCCAUUCUCACACUCAGUACUUUAUGUAUUUUCAGUUGACAUACUGUACUAUAACGUUACUUCUUCCCUUAUCCAGAUGUUAGCUCGACUCCUGAAGAGUUCCCAUCCAGAAGAUUUAAGGGCUGCUAAUAAGCUGAUUAAAGAGAUGGUCCAGGAGGUAAUACGGUAUUUCCAAAUUAAAAUUUGUACCUUAACCAUCUGAAAAACUGUUUACAGAAGCAAGUUGUUUAACCUUGUUCUGAAAUAUUUAAUGACUGAACUCUGAUGGUGUUUGUAUUUCCUUGAUUGACAUUCUUCGAAUGGUGUAAAGUUUUCCCUUUUCUCUGGUUUAUGACAAAAAAACUGUGAAUCUUUAUUUAAUGGUUACUUGUAUAUCUGUUUUUUUGCAAUAUUUAAUUGCAUGUAUACUGAUUUUGUAACUCUGUCUCUUGCUUUCAGUUUGAGUACAUAAAGCCACAUGUUUCUUGUUCGUAUUUAAUAGUGCUAUACAGUUAACUGCCAUAGCCUGCUUUUUGUAUUGUAACAAACCAAAUCUGUACAUGGCAUACAACAGGGCUCGACAAAAUCAAAUUUCGCCCAUGCGCCUGGAAUUUGCCUGCCAUUUAACUAAAGGGGUCGGCUGGUUCAAACAUUGGCCCUGGGGAGUGUGGAGGCAACCGGCUUAGGCAGCAUUGUUGGCGGGUGGCCGGCUGCCCCAGAAAGCAUGGGGGCAGUCGGCUCAGGUUGCAUUGUAGCUGGCUGCCUGCCCUGGGGAACAUGGAGGAGGCCGGCUCAAGGUGCAUUGUAGCUAGCUGGCCGUUAAUCUGUAGUGGUUCUGGUGACGAUAGUGUCCCAUUAAGAAUUGCAUCAUAAUUGCUUUGUCAAGCCCUGGCAUGCAAGAAAUUUUAAAUAUAUGGGGAUGGUGUGUAGCUCAUUGAUACAAAAAUAUUACGUGCCAGUUAGGUUAAGUUUUAGAAGAGCUUGGAGGUGCUUCCUGGCUCAGUGCUGCAAAGUGGGCUGCUCUGCCGUUCAGCGCCCUCACUCUCUGCAUGGAGAUGCUGAAUUUUCCUCAUUCAUUCAGUGCAUCUCUAUGAGGAGGUGCUGAUUCGCCAAAACGGCAUUUGGUCCUGCCCCUAGACCAUUUUAGCCAAUCCAAUGUUUUUCCUAUGGCUAAAAUAUGCAAUUCUGAUGUCACCAAGGGGGCAGGGCCAGUGCCGGCGGACCCGCACUACGCUGGAAAUAAGGUGAGGUUUUUCAUGCUUUUAAGUGGGGUAAGGGUGGGUUUAGCACUAUAGGGUCAGGAAUACAUGUUUGUGUUCCUGACCCUGUAGUGUUCCUUUAAAACAAAUGUAAUUUCCUAGGAUUUUUUAUAUUGUAUCCCCAGUAAAUAUUAUUAUAAUAUAAAACACAUGUAUUUGUGAGAAGUGUAAAUAUGUAAAUGUAGGAAUCAACACCUUUAUCCUGCAAGUGACUGCCUCCAUCUUAGCUCCCUGUAUAAGCUUUGUCUUUUGCACCUGGCAGUUAGUUAGUAUAUUACUUUUUCAGGAUUAAAUAAGAUCAAAAGGUGGGCUGUCAAGUCAGUUUGAAAAAAGUUUAAUGAAACAUACAAAUUAGGUGCAAAUGAAUUGCUAAUUCCUGUGUUUGCACUUACGAAGUUGGUGGAGUUUGUUUUUUAGUCAGCAUAGAUAAAGUAUGCAGAAAUAGGAGAAAUGAAACAAUGUUUUUAUUUCUCUUCCUCAUUAGCAAUGUAUCCAUGGGCUGUGCAAGGACUGAAGUCUAUUGCAGUGUCUUUUGUAAAAUGUUUAAACACUUUGGGAAUUUCCAUGCUGCUCUGCAAGUAGUUGCAUUGAAAGCCCUUAGGUCUGUGGAGACUCUGGUAUCAAUUGAUAACUGACACUAAGUAGAAGUAUAGAUCAGGGUGUUGCAGUGGAUGUGAUCUAUUUGGAUUUUGACAAAGCAUUUGAUACAGUUCCACACAAUAGAUUAGUGUUCGAACUCAAGGAAAUCGGUCUAGAUGAAAAUGCUUGUUCUUAGGCAGAACAUUGGCUUAAAAACAGAGUACAAAGAGUUGUCAUUAAUGGUAAAUUUUCAAGUCUGUUCUGGGACCCCUUCUAUUUAACAUGUUUAUAAAUGAUCUUUAAGACCGCAUUGAAAGUCACGUUUCAGUGUUUGCAGAUGACACAAAACUCUGUAAAAUAAUACAAUGUGAGCAAGAUAUUACUUUGUUGCAAAGGGAUUUAGAUAGACUGGGCACUCUAAUGGCAGAUGAAAUUUAAUGUUGAAAAAUGCAAAGUUAUGCACUUAGGUGUAAAGAAUACACAAGCAACGUAUACCCUUAAUGGAGGCGAAUUAGGGUUUACAUCACAUGAAAAGGACUUGGGAAUCGUUAUAGACAACAAACUAUGCAACAAUGUGCAAUGUCAAUCCGCAGUGGCCAAGGCCAGUAAGGUAUUGUCAUGCAUGAAAAAGGGCAUUCAUUCUCUGGAUGAGAAUAUAAUUUUGCCUCUUUAUAAAUCACCACAAUUGUGGUAAGACCACAUAUUGAACAUGCUGUGCAAUUUUGGGCACCUGUUCUAAAGAAGGAUAUUAUGGCACUAGAAAAAGUGCAGAGGCGGGCUACAAAAUUAAUAAAAGGAAUGGAACAUAUCAGCUAUGAAGAAAGGUUAAUAAAUUUAAACCUAUUUAGUUUAGAAAAACGUCGCCUGAGAGGGGAUAUGGUAACAUUAUACAAAUAUAUUCGGGGCCAAUACAAACCAUUGUGUGGAAAUCUAUUCACAAACCAGACUUUACAUAGGACACGAGGUCAUGCCUUUAGACUGGAAGAAAGAAGAUUUCGUCUAAGGUAAUGGAAAGGGUUUUUUCACUGUAAGAACAAUAAGGAUGUGAAAUUCUCUGCCUGAAGAAGUGGUUUUAUCAGAGUCCAUACAUAUGUUUAACCCCUUAAGGACCAAACUUCUGGAAUAAAAGGGAUUCAUGACAUGUCAUACAUGUCAUGUGUCCUUAAGGGGUUAAACAGCUGCUAGAUGCAUACUUGCAAAAACAGAAUAUUCAAGGAUAUAAUCUUUCAAUGUAGGGUAAUAACUACUUGAUCCAAGGAUAAAUCUGACUGCCAUUCUGGGGUCAAGAAGGAAUGUUUUUUUCCUAGCUUGUUGCAAAAUUGGAAGUGCUUCAAGCUGGGUUUUUUGCCUUCUUUUGGAUCAACAGCAAAAAACAAAUGUGAGGAAGGCUGAACUUGAUGGGCGCAAGUCUCUUGUCAGCUAUGUAACAACUGGGACCAUAUUUACUGGCCCCAGACUGACACAUGAGCUGCAUGCAGUGCUCCAAGUGAGCAUUGCGUAUUGCUUUUUAAAUCACUGCAGCUUAACCCCCUUAAGGACACAACUUCUGGAAUAAAAGGGAAUCAUGACGGAAUAUUUCCGUCAUGUGUCCUUAAGGGGUUAACCAACAUCCUGUGCGAUCAGUAUCUAAGGUAAGAAGGUGGGCCAGAUUGUUAUGGAUAUGCUAUGCCACCCUAUUGGGGCUACAACCCCUUUCUUAAGUUGGUCAGUAUAGCACGCCCUAACGUUGGCAAACGGUUAAUCAGGUCCUGGUCCUGAUGAAAGUUUUUAAUGGAAAACUGCAACAUUGACAAAUAAAAGUUAAAGGGACAUUAUAGGCACCAAAACAACUUUACCUUAAAGUGUUAUUGUCUAGAAUAGAUCAUGCCCUUUAAGUGUCACUGCUCAAUUCUGACAUUUUGGGGUUAAAUCACUUUGUUUACACCUUACUGCAUGUGACUUGCACAAACUUCCUAAAUACUUUUUCUGUAAAGAUACAUCUAAUGUUUAAACCUAGUUUAUUGCACAUUAAGUUUAAUUUAGAAUUUCAUAUCUCCUGUGCUUUUAAUAGCCUUCCAGACCUUGCAGUAAAAGUUUAAUUUACAGAGCAGGUGAUAAAAACAUCUAAAGCCAGUUAACAUCUAAUUGAAAGUUAAUACAUGUUAUUUUCAUGCAGGCUUAUACAGCCAAGGGAGGUGUGGCUAGGGCUGCAUAAACAAAGUGCUUUAACUCCUAAAUGGCAAAUAAUUGAACAGUGAAACUGCAGGGGCAUGAUUCACACACUAAAACUGCUUCAUAAGCUAAAGUUGUUUGGAUGCUUAUAUUAUUCCUUUAAGAUUAGGAUUGGUAUAGGGCAGGGGUUCACAAUUAAUUUUUCCAGUGGAACCCUUAGACAUAGUGUAUCAACAUCGUGGAACCAACAUAUACACCGUGACACAUACUCUUUGACAGACACACAUACACUCUCACUGACAAACACACAUAUGCAUUCUCACUGACAAAUACAUACACACACACACACACACACACAAAGUCUUUGACAGACACAAACGCAUACAAACUCCCUAACAGACACACAUACAAAUUAUUUUCUUUUAAAAUUUUACUCCACCCAACCUUUCGAGAGUGCUGACAUGAAGUCUCUAUGCCCCUGUGGUUCAGUGGGGCUGCUAGGCUGGGCGUGCGGUCUCUGGGAUUCAGUGGAGCUGCUGAGCGUUUGGCGUGCGAGUGGCGAGGGAGCAGUGAUCUUCCUGCUCCGCUCCCUCGCAUGCCUCUUAAUGAUGCCGGAGCUGCAGUGACGUCAAAUUCCACCUCCGGCAUCAUUGCUGUGCACUCGAGGUUGCUGCUCGGGGGAGAGUUCUCUCUUUCCGCCCGUGACCAUUUUGUUUCCCGAAAUUUUGGCAGAACCUUAUUUGUGUUCCCAUGGAACACCAAUUGUGAAACGUUGGUAUAGUGACCGGUUAGUGGUAUGUUUUGGGGGUUUUUGUGCUAUCAUUAAUUACCAAAAAAUAUAUUUAAAUCUAUUUUAAAUUCUUUUUCUGUAGUUGCACUUGUUCCCCUUUAAAUGACCAGCUCUAAUCUCCUGAUGUGUGUUUUUAUUUAUUUUUCCCAACUUGAUUUUGACAGGACCAAAAACGAAUGGAGAAAAUCUCAAAACGUGUAAAUGCCAUUGAAGAAGUGAAUAACAAUGUGAGGCUAUUGAGUGACAUGUUGAGCACGUACAAAUCAGGGCAAACAUCGGAGGGCAAUGAGGACUUAAUGAAGGUAAUACUGUUUACAUUGCUAUUUAUAGCUAGUUAAGGCAGAUCAAAAAUUAUGCUUUAAUGGUAAUUUUCUUAUAAUGUGCCUCUCUAAACUACUUAUUAUAGGCUUUACUGGGUUUUGUUGUUCCCCCUCCCCACUGUAGGAAUUGUACCAGCGCUGUGAAAAAAUGAGGCCCACACUGUUCCGUUUGGCCAGUGACACAGAAGACAAUGAUGAAGCCUUGGGUAAGAUGAUUAAAAGAACAUUAUAGCGGUAGGAAUGCAGACAUGUAUUCUUAACACUGUAGUUCUGAAAUAGCAGUUUGGGUCCAUGCAACCUUACCUUUUUUCCAUUACUGCGCAACUCUCGCAAUGGCUGGCCCCAGUUCCAUGGCUGAGAUCAUCAAUCUUUAUUAUCUCAACCAAUCCAAUGCUUUCCCAUGGGGAAGCAUUGGGAGGCUAUUGCGCAUAUGUGGCAAAAUGCCACACUUCGUCAAUCAGCAUCUCCUUAUAGAGAUGCAUUUAGUCAAUGCAUCUCUAUUGGGAGCGUUCAGAGUUUCCUUGCUGAAUGCAGGUACUGCACACAGUGCAGCACUAAAAUAGGAAGCCCUUCUAGUGGCAGUCUGAGUGACUGCAUCUAGAGGUGUUAGUAGGCAACAAUGUAAACAUUGCCUUUUCUUUGAAAAGGCAGUGUUUUACAUUGAAAAGCCGACAGGGACACCAGUACCAUUAGAUUAAACUGUAGUGGUUCUGGUGACUAGAGUGUCCCUUUAAUAAAGACCUCCAUAAAACCUAUAGAAAGGACUUUGGGAGAAGCUUAGUUGGCUGUAAUUUCCAAGGAAUACUGACUUUUCUAACAAUUUCCGUGCUAUAAAAAUGGCCCUUGAUUAUAUAUGUGAGCUCCUUUGUGUAUAAUAUGUAGUCAGUCUUACACUAUGGCUUUUCUUUGAGUUCUAAAGCCAUGAAAGUAUUCAUAAUAUGGUUAUUAAUGAAACUGCGUAUAGUUAAAAAUAUCCAAACUGGGGUGAUUAAAAAAAAAAAAAAAAAAACUUAAACUAUGCAAUUAUUCUAGCUUGUCUAUUUUCACCUAAAAUUCCCCUCUCUGUUAACUUCAAUUAUGUUAUAUUCUUUGAUUUUAUCAUUUUUCUUUAGUUAUUUUUUUAGAAUUUUUGUCAAAACACAAAAUGCUAAUGGAGUGUACAAAUUCAGACACUUGCUUUUGAAAAUAAUUAAACUGUGACAUCAUGGUUUUUGUCUCUAGCGGAAAUACUACAGGCGAACGAUAGUUUGACACAAGUCAUCAACACAUACAGGCAGGUGGUGAAAGGAGAAGUUGUCAAUGGCGAAACUGCAUCAAGCAGCAUGCCAGGUUAGAACUACAUUCUGUUAGCCUUUAAAGCACAACCUUAUUACAAGUUCAGUCUGAGUUGUGACCAAUCUACAAUAUCCUGAGCUCUCUAUUGUAUGCUGCAAUAUACAUGUCUUCUUAUUCCUUCUCUCCCUUUAGCCAGCUCCUCUGCACUGCUGGAUCUCUCAGGGCUGGACAUAACUUCAGCAGCUGCCCCUUCUUACCCCUCUGUUCCAGCCUUGCCCUUGCAGUUUUCAUCCGGUACCCCUGUACAGAACUCCGCAUCCAUAUCCUUGCUAGAUGAUGAACUUAUGUCCCUCGGUGAGAAAUGUGUUUUGGUUUUUUUUUGGUUUUUUUUUCUUUGGUUUUUUUUUUUCCACAGCUGAUGUAACUUGCAUUAUAUCGUACUGGCCUUAAGAUGGUGUGUGUGUGUGUGUGUGUGUGUGUAAAUAGAUAAAAUGAUUAGAUAAAAUGUGUACAUAAGUGAGUUGUGAUUAAAAACUCUGCCCUGGAUGUCUACAAAAAAAAAUAUAAAUAAAUACAUUUGAAUUUUUGUUUCCUGCUUAGUAGAUGGUAUUGCAACCACAAUAAGUUUUUAGUAACCCUUCCCUGCAUGGAGAGAGAUUUAGAGGAAGGUGGGUCAAUUCCCUCUUUGGAUGCAUAUCACCAGCAUGCUGUGUGGGCUGACAUCAGACAUCCAAUAUGCAGAGAAUUGACAUUAACCAGCCUGGAACUUUUAUUCUGAGUUGGCUAAUGAUGUCUCAAUGAUGCUUACAGAGGCUGAGUUACACCUCUGGCAGCAAAGGAGUUAAACUUGGUAUGUGCUGCAUGUCAGAGUGAAACUCUGUAUAUACAGACUCCAGGCACCAUGACCACUUCAAAUGACACAACUCUUUAAAUGUUAUGUUUUUGUAGCAACGAAGAGAUGCCCAUAAUCCUAGUAAAACCAAUUUCUGACACAAUUUGGAAAAGAAAUAGUAGAUCUCCUGUGAGGAUGGAUUAUUUAAUAUUAUUUUAUCACUUUGAGGGUGAAUUCAAAUGAGUGGUGCACUAUGCCCUUGAUGGUUAUUGCUGCUGUAUUACGUGUCCUUAAUGUUACAUUUCAAAAAAGUUAGAUAAUAAGAGAAAAUUGUACAUUUAUUGAAUAACUACUGUUGGCAUUUAGAUAAAAAACAAAAAUGCCAUACCUGCCUUUCAGGCAACUGGGCAUGAAGUAAACUUUGUUUAAUUUCUUUUACUCAGUAAGUAAAUAUAUUUACUUACUAAAUCCCUCUAGGUAUGCAAGCUGGGAAAUGUAUCUAUAUGUAUAAUGUAAACAUCCAUUUAUUAUGUGUCCAUUAUGUGUUUAUCUUCCAUGAUUUUAUUUUAUUACAGGUUUAAAUGACCCUGUUCCUCUUGCACAACCUUCAGAAUCCUCUGCAUGGAAUAGUUUCCAGGUAGUGUAAUUAGCCAAGUGUUUAGUUGCUGCCUUAUAGUGACCCCUAUAGGUUUACUCCUAUAAAUAAAUGUAUGAAUAAUUGUGAAAUUAGGCAUGUCUGUAUAAAGAAUUUGUCUUUAUCAGUAAGAAAGGAUAUAGUUGAAACAGGAAACUUAUGGUCAUACACUGAUAAAAAUGAAAACUUGAGCAUAUCUUAAAUGUUUCACAGUCAUGCAGCUAGCCUUUUUCAAUGAUUGCAUUUCUGUAUAUCAAGUCGAUCCUGAGCACCUAUUGCAUAUUUAUUUAUUCAUCAAGGGUUUUACCAGGGAAAAUAUACAGAGAUUCCUCCUAUAUGUCCUUGGGCAUUCAAGGAGCACAGUUAUAUAAGGUUACACAGUUAACAUAAACAUAACUAAAACAUGGAUAUCCAUUACAAGUUCUUGGAGAUAAACUGCAAGGGAGUUAUUUUUUAAAAUAAUAGACAUGUAGAAUAUAUUUCUGGUAGGUUACCCGACAUGUGAGAGAGCUGCUUGAUCAACUUCCUUAUUGUGAUUUUGAUAGGGACAGUGGAGAAUCAGGCCAAGCCUGUUUCUUGGGUAGUGUAGGAGCUUACAGGAAACUAGGUUAUGAUUUAUCAGCCAUUUAGUAGUGUAGGAGCUUACAGGAAACUAGGUUAUGAUUUAUCAGCCAUUUAGUUAUCAUAACCUAUAACAUACUCUGGUGAAUAGUGUAAUCACUGCAGGAGAAGUUUGAGCAUGCGUGGGAUAGGCAUAAGGCUAUCCUAGACUUAAGAUAAGGCCAAAGACUAAUGAAAGUAUUUAGAAAAUUUUGGCAGACUAGAUGGGUCAAACGGUUCUUAUCUGCAGUCAUAUUCUAUUUUUCUUUGAAAAUUUAACCAAAUUAGUUGUACAGAAUCUUGAGUUUAUUGAAAAUAAUUUUUGAUGUAGACCAUAUAAAGCAUUCCCGCUAUGCGUGACUGCGGGAUAUAAACAAAUUGUGUUUAUUUACAGAUCACCAACAUUACACUAUAUUACAAUGAUUGUCAGUAUGAAGAGCCAUUGCGAAGUCAUUGUCUAUCCACAAUCAAAGAUAUUUGUAGGAGUUAACUGCGGCCAGAUCAUAAUUUUUACUAUUUAAAUGGGUAUUAUUUUGUUUUUAGACUGUUUUGUUUGAUGUGUCAAACUGCAUCAAGAAUUAGGAUCUGCUUGAUUUUAGAAAUAUCUCCUGUCUCUGAGAAAUUCUGCUGUAAGCAACCUAAAGUGAUACGUACCAUGUUCGUUUCCUAGUGUGGAUUGUUAGCUGUACACAUUCUUACCUAUGAGGUGUUGCAAGCCAUGGGUAGAUCAUUAAUAAAUAUGAAAAAUAGGAGUCUAAGAAUGUACCCUCGGGGAACUUUGACUAUGUCAGGAACAUUAUUGUUUAAAUAUUCUGAGAUGCAGUGUGGCAUCUCAGAAAGUCCGCCAAUAGUGAUGUGCCGAACAUAUGCGCUGUUCGGUCCGCCCCCUGUUUCAUCAUUGAGUAAACUUUGACCCUGUACCUCACAGUCAGCAGACACAUUCCAGCCAAUCAGCAGCAGACCCUCCCUCCCAGACCCUCCCACCUCCUGGACAGCUCACUAAGAAUGCAGCUUCACAAUGAAUGUAAAAUGGAUGCUGUCCAGGAGGUGGGAGGACCUGGGAGGGAGGGUCUGCUGCUGAUUGGCUGGAAUGUGUCUGCUGACUGUGAGGUACAGGGUCAAAGUUUGUUUAUGUUCGCCAUCCUUGGCGAACCGUUCAGCGAACCGUUCAGGACAUCACUAUCCGCCAACCCUUCCCAUUUACACUGUUUUGACUUAACUGUCCAAUCCACAUUCAAAUGUGUUGCCUAAAUGUGCAUCUAGGAGUGUUGACCUGUGGUUUGGAAACUCGUUAAUAAGAUGCUAUGUUCAACAAUAACAAAUGCCAUCAAGCAGUGACUGUGAAAAUAGCUCCUGGUUGCUCACCUUUCCCAUACAACUUUAACCAAACUUUAGAGGCCAGUUAAGUCCUAUUAUGUUUAAUUACAGUUGUUAUGGAAAUGUAAGCACAUCAAUUUGAAGGGUUUCCUGUAAUGUCCACAGUAAAGUUUGGUGAGUGCUUUUGCUUGUGGCUUGUCAUAUGUUUUGUUUGAUGAGACAGUGACUCCAGGAAACCAGGUUUUUGGUUAAUUUCCGUUUUUUACUCAUGUACAAUUCAUCUAUAAAUAGUAUUCCCUUUAAGAGGAGUAUAUUUUCUGCAAAAAGUUAAUGUAAAAAUAGUUUACACAUCAUCAAGCACCUAAGGUCCCUAAACAUGUAAUGCCUGUUGCACCUUUAUGUAGCCCUCUAGUUGGUAUUCACUUGGGUUACUCCUUUUUGUAUGGGGUAUUUAAAGAACAGAUUGACGUGAAUGCAUAUAUCACCAUUGUUUGUUUUUCUUUAAGUUGGAGUGUAUUUUGUUAUAUAAUGAUGUACUUUUUACAGUACCGUCUGUUAUUUGCCAAGUUUGUCAUGCUGUACAUAAUCUGUAAGAAGCUGCCUUUUGUGUGAGGAACUGAUACUUAAUCACAAGACUUCACAGGGACUUGACUGUAGCCACUGUUUGGCUUAUAUCUUUAUGUAACACAUGUUUUAGCCCAGUUAAGAGAAGUGCACUGAUCAUUUUUUUUUUUUUUUUUCAUACAAUAAUGUAGUUCUUCUUUCCCUUUUUUAUUUCCUUAUGACCAAUAGGUAAAGUGAUUUAUUUAUUAUUACUACGUAGUGUUUAUUUAUUACUACAUUGCUAAACACAAAUACACACACCAGUCAGACCAUAAGACUUGCUUUUCCCACAGAAAUCUCACUUUAACAGUGCUCUUACUACUGCAAGGGAUUCUGGGUAGGUGUAUGCAAAUGAGCUCAACAAAGAACCACAUUUUUGCCUCCUAAUUCCACUUUAUACAUGGAUUCUUUGGAAUAUGUGCCUGCUGUAUACAACAUGUUUGAAACACAACUCAGGAAGAGGAGCCAGUGAACCACUCAUGGACAGCUGUUAAUAUAUAUAUUAGACAAUAUCACAUUUUGCAUGUGGUAAAGAUAUUCAUUUGAUGCACACAGGCAUCAGUCAUAGAAGGUUUGGCUCACAGGUCUUAUUACUUUGGUCUGUGGGCAAAAACAUUGUACAGCUGGUGCUUGUGUGUAAAUAUGUUAUUGCUUGUAAAACACAAGACUUUCCCUUGUGUAUAUAUACCUGUGGUGUGGUGCCCUUUUGUUGGUCUUAAAUAGCUGCAGUUGUAGUUUUUUUUUUGUUUUUUUUUUAAAUCUGUAGAUCAGAUUUCAAAGUUCCCAGGCUUUUCAUUUAAAAAAUAUGUUGUUUGUGUUUUUAUUUUAAAGUCAUUCUAAAUGUAAAAUUAUUUAUUUAAAUAUUACAAAAUAUCAUAAUGUAAUCAUUAGAAUUUGUAUUAUUCCAUCACUAAGUAAGCAGUAACAGUGUCAACAUUUUGUAGUUCCUUUUUUUUAAUGUAAUUGUAAAUGCAUAUCUACUUUAUUAUUAUAUUAUUAUUAUUUUACUUGAUCUCACCCUAUGGAGCUAAAUACUUCAUUGAUAUGCAUGCACAUAUGUUUUAUUGGCAUAAAAAAAUUUAUAUGGCUGCAAAUAGCCAUGUAAAGCGGAGACAGUUUUUGCAACUUAUUCAGUUGCCAGUAACUGAGCAAGACAUCAUGGGAGUUCAACAGAGAACUGCAGUAGUGUUUGCUUUAUACAGCAAUUAUAUCAACUCUGUGAUAUCAUUUUAAUGUUUAGAUAUGUCUUCCUAUAUUUUAUAUAGUCACUCAGGUGCACACAAGACAUUAUUGUAUCUGUGUCCAUAGAGAGUCACAAACAUAACUACUGAAGAGCCUGCUUUACAGCGUAGAUACUGCAGUAUAUUAAGUGUCAUUCAGGACAACAAAUGGAGAUAUGCUGCAAUAAAGCCCACCAUAAUUUCUAUAAUUUUUUAUUUUAUUUUUAUACCGGUCAUCUGUGAAUUGUUAUUGUUCAAUAUUUUAUUCUGUAUAUAUACUGUUCAUUUAACAUAGUAGUCACACCUAUGUACAUCUCCAUCUCUUGCUCUGACGCAGUCCUCAGAAAGUACCGAACCAGCUUUGAAUGAGAAAGGGGCUUCUUCUAUUCCCCAAACACCACCACAGGGAAAUAAAGCUUUGGAAGAUCUUGAUCUUCUCGGGAAAACACUCCUGCAACAGUCAUUGCCAGCUAGCAGUCUCCAAGUACGAUGGUGAGAACACUCUAUUUGUACGACUUCUCUUUGUUAAGGCCAUGAAAACUCUCUUAACAGCAGCAGACAACGGUACUCCACAUGUUAAAUAGUAGCUGGAGGAUGAUCACCAAAGCUAUGCAGAUUUAAACAUUGUACAACAUACUCCUCCAAAUGCCAAGUUCUUUUCUGUUCCAGAACUGUUAAUUGACAGUCUUUUUGACAUGACCAAAAUUUAAUGCCUGUACAAAAGCUUUUCGUCAACAGCGAUGCAGGAAAUAAUUUAGUGUGAAGUACUCAAGCGUUUAUAAGAUGAUGGCUAAUCUGUCUAUGUCAUGUGGUGUGUUUGAUAUACAUUAUUCAGUCUUCUAGACUUUAUUUAUAUUAUAGAUCUCAAUAUAUACAUAUAUCUGUCUCACAAAUUAAUGUAUUUGGAAUUUAAUUGAGUCAAAUCAAGCAUUAUCCAUAGGCAUAACGUAAUAUUUUCUAAAUUGCAUACAGCUGUCUAGAUUUUCUUACUGCAUGAGUGGAAAUGAACUUGUCUCACAUAUAUCAGGAUAUCCAAGGAUACUAUAAUUCCUAGGUAUGGCAAGCUCCUUUGUGAUCUUAUAGGUUAAGGGCAGGCAACUUUCAGCACUCUCAUGUGGGUAAUAUGUAGCUACUAGUAACUUUGUAUUGGGAAAAUGAAACAAUAGCAGCAGGAGGCUCUGUUCUAGUGUAUGUGCUUAAAGUAUUACUUAGAACACUGUAUCCAGGGCAAAAUCAAGAAGUAAUAGAAUUGUAGAGUUUCUAAUUGUAUGUUUCCCUUUUUAUGGUGCUUUUUGCUAGCUGCUUUCAGAAGAUUUUAGUUCCCAAAAUUGUUUCUGGUCUCAAAACCAUGUGAAUUUACAGGUUUGAGCAAGAGGAUUCUGAGAAUAUUCUGUAUGUGCUUUUGUAUGAAGCACAGGUUUGAUUUAGAAAUACAGACUUCAGCAGGGAGUUGUGGUGAGGCAGUAGAUGACAAGGAAUUCCCAGUAUAACAAAGCUGGAAAAAAAUCUUUGCAUUUCAUUAUUCUAUUAAAGCAAAAUCUGUCACUUUUCUGUAUUUUAUAGAUGUAAUCUUUAUGAAAUACUGAUUAAUACUGCAUUGGAAUUCCAACGCAAUCCAAAGAUACCGUAAGACAAAGUUGAAACUACUUUGUCUUAUGGUAGAGUCUACAGUUGACAAAAGGCGCAGCCACUCUGUCAACAUUUGUCCAAUCACAGCAGCCAUCACAAAUGUAGGCUCCUCCAUAGACCUCAGUAUUGUACUCUCGCGAGUACCUGCGGCUUUAAUAUGGCAUUGUCCAUGAGGGACAGCCAGUGGUAAGUUUAUAUGCAAAGAACUGUGAAAUUGACCGAUCCCCCUAAACCACACUAAUCAAAAUUGUACAUCACUGUUUUACUGUUAGUUCACCUUAGGGGUCACUAUACAAGUCACUGUUUUAUCAGAAAAAUGUAUGGUUCUUAGCUGCUCUACAAAUGGUGACACUAAUUGCCUUGGGAUAAAGUAGGAAGGGUCAACUAUAUUACUAAGUUCAAUAAGAAAAACAUUCUUCUAGAAAACAAAUUACACUGUAGAGGAAAAAGAUGAAGUGUAUUUUAGAAGAACAUUCUUUAUAUAUCAUUUACAUUUGUGAUCUAUGUGGUUUGUGGAUUACUAAUCCCCUUUAAAAGUUUUAUUAUUAUUUUUCUUCUAGUUUGUCUUGAUUUUACUACAUAUAAACAAAUAUGUGUUUCUAGAGGUUUUGAGUUAAGUCAUUGAUCUGAAAUACUUGACUUAUACGAAUUUUAAAAGCUGUUGUAUUCUUGCUUUUAUGGAGAUAUCUGUCCACUUUCUUACCAGGGAAAAACCCCAGCACAAACUAACCCUGCGUGACCUUCAGAAUAAAGCUGCCCCUGGAGUUUCUCCUCCUCAGCCAGCUGCUGCUCUAGGGACCAUUCCAUCUCUUAGUGGAGACCAUUCAGUUGCGUCCCCUGUGAAAGCAGAAAUGUUUCUGGCAAAUGUCACUGUACCUCUGGAGUCCAUCAAACCUAGUAAGCAUUCAAAAUAUGGGUGGCUACUUACAGUAUUUUUUGUCCAUGAUAUUCUGGGGCAUGGUCCAUGUGGAAGACAUAUUCGUAAACACAAUCUUACAUUUACACCCUAUCCUACUUUCUUUCUUUUUCUUUCCUUUUUUUUUUUUUUCGCAGGUAGCAUUCUCCCAGUAACUGUGUAUGACCAGCGCAGUUUCCGGGUACUCUUUCACUUUGCUCAGGAUCCCCCUGCAGGGAGGCCAGACAUCCUUGUUGUUGUUAUCUCCAUGCUGAGCACAGCACCGCUCCCAGUCACUGGAAUAAGCUUCCAAGCCGCAGUGCCCAAGGUACCUAAAAUAUUCCUUUUGUCAUUGGUGGGUAAAAGGUGUGUUGUGUUUUUGUUUUUUGUUUUAGCCCUGGUGAAUAUCCAUGAACUAUUCAGUCUUGUCAUUGUGAGUAACAUUUGAGGCCUGGCCAGAAGAGUUGUUUUUGUUGUUGGUUUUUCUCUUUGAUUUAAGACACCAAAGUUAUAUGCUUGAUAUUAUUGCAGUGUGGCCCGUAGAUGAGUAAGAGAGCGGUGUUGGUGGUUUGCAGGACAAGAAAAAGCAUAGCUUGGGGCUCAGUUGUAGUAAACCUCCUUCAAUAUGUAUAUUUUUAACAUUAGAUAUAGUUUUCAAAACUUGGAAGUUUAGAGUAAUGUAGUUGACAUUUUCCAUUUUUAAUGUCUGCGGAUGAGCUGAAUGAAAUGCAAAGUAAUGAUAUUUUACUCUUCACCACCUUUUGUUCUCUGUUCUAUGCUGUCCCUUCUCCCAUCGCUUCCUUCCUCAAAGACAAUGAAGGUGAAGUUGCAACCAGCAACUAGCAGUGAGCUCCCACCUUUCAAUCCUAUUUUGCCUCCGUCUGCCAUCACUCAGGUGCUGCUGCUGGCAAAUCCUGCUCAGGUGAGUUACAUUUAAGGAAAGUAAAUAUAGUUAUGUGACAAAGGCAAUAAAUGCAUAUACACAGAUAUUUAUGCAAACGCUGCCAACUGCAUAUGAACUUUUAUUUGCAGUCUGUCUUUUCUAUAUUUAAGACACAGGAACUGUCACAAACUAGGUCUGAUAGUUAAAUCUGUGUUGGUUGAAAUUCCACUUUCCCUGUUGCUGGUGUACUAAGGGAUCGCAAGGAAGGAUGUGAGCACUGGUAUUUUGUCUUAUUGCAGCCAUUGUCACCUUACAUCACUCAAUAUAUUGUUCGAACUGGAGUGUCCUAACACCGUUCUCUCUAUAUAACAUAAAUUUGACCAUUCUUCUUUGAUGCCUCAUGUUCUAUAAACCUUUUUAUAUUAGGCCAUGAUUUCUCUAUAUGUGCACAUGGUCAUAGUUCUGUAGAAAAAAAAAGUCUAACCUUUCAUCAAAAAAAUUAGCAAACACGUUUAUUCAGAAUUCCUAUCCAAAUCAAAAUGAUCUUUGUAUAGAAGUUGCUCAUAUUACUCUUCACCACCUUUUUGAUAGAUAGGUAGAUAUAUAUUAUUUAUACAGUGUGCACUCCACCAAGCAUACAUAAUUUUCUUCCUGUGUUUCCUGGAGGAUUAACGAAUAUAUGCAGCCUCUUUUAAGUGCUUAUAAAGAUGACCAGGUCCAGAUUUUAAAAUAUGCAACAAGAGACUAAUAUUCAAAUUAUGUGUAUGAUUUUGUUGUUGUUGUGUUUUUGUUUUUCUUUUAAUAUGGAUUAAUUCUUGUUUUCUUCCACCUCUCUGACUCGUUACAUACUGGUUCACUCACACGUUUGCUUUGUGGUUUUUCCCUGCACAUAGGAGAAGGUGCGCCUACGAUACAAACUUACCUACACUCAAGGGGAUCAGUCGUUCGAUGAGAUGGGAGAUGUAGAAGAAUUCCCUCCAGUGGAGAAAUGGGGCAACCUCUAAGGCACGAGCAAAAAAGAAAAUGAAGAGAAAUAAGGGCAGAAACUUUAUAAGGAAAGCAUGGAGCCCUCUCUCCUUACUUGGAAGAUCUACUAAAUAUGAUGGCUAUCCAGAAGUGGAAUGCAGAAGUGGCAGUGGCAGGCACACCCAGGACUGCAGUAGAUAACUCAAUCUGAAUUACAUGGCUGCUCUUUAAGAUUUUUUUUUUUUAAUCCAAAGCUCCAAACACUCUACUGUUACAUGGAUACUUCUGGGGGGCAAUCUGAAUUGGCACAAGGUACAGUAGCAAUUGGGAUGAACGAAAAAAAGAAAAUAACCUCUAUUAGUACAACUCUUUGCUUGCUCUUUAUUUUUUGUUUGUUCGAACUAUUGUUUUUUGUUUUUGUUUUUUCUUUGUUUGCUUCCCUCCCAUUUAAUUUUCUGUAUACCAGUCUGUGCUAGAGGAGUCUUUAAUGUGCUACCAAACGACUAUUGGAAAAGAGUGUAUUGCUUCCAGUGGUCCCUUCAUUAAACUAUAAACAUUUACCUCAGAAGAAAUCUUCACUAAGCAAUGAUUUUUGAAAGUUUUAGGGUGCUUCUUGUAUAGCAUCAGUUGUUUUCCUCCUACUCUGUGCUUGCGAGCUCACACACAACAUCCCAUCAUUUUCCGAUUCCUUAACUGCACUUAAACAUUAACAUCUCUGUUUGUUAUAUAUUCAUAUAAUGGGUAAGUAUCAUUCUUAUAAUACUUCACCCACUGAUUGUAUCCCGUGCUGCUCCCAGGCACAAAUGUAUAUGUUUUUUAAACGCACUGUACCUUGACAGCAGUGUUUCGAUACAUUAUGCCUUAUAUAUGUGUUGUACUUGAUUGUGCUUUAUGUAUGACAGAGUCCAGGCCAUUGCAUUAAGCAUUGUUUAGCCUGUAAAUGUGCAUUACUACUACAGCCCUUAGGAGGAUAUGUGUUUUGGGUGUUUUUAAAUUUGGUUUUACCUUAGCACGUUAUUUAAUGCUUAUAACCCAAAUUCUAAUUGAUAUAUAGAAUUUUAUGUAUUGAAUGGACAUGAUUUAUUAUUUUUUUUUAUAUUGUUUUUUUUUCUCCGAACCUCUGCUUAUUUCCUGAUUUGCACUGCAAUCCAUGUUACUGCCUACACAUGCAGCAUUCUGCGCAAAAGUGUAAUCACCCACUGCCCUGCACUUGUUCCUCACGAUGUCCGCAUGCAUUGUUUCUGGUUUUAUUCAAGCUCCCACUUGCCGCAACAAUGUCCUGUGCUGACUUGAGUUACUAUUUUGCACACAACAGCAAUGCCAAUGCCUACUCUCUUUCUAUGCACGUUCCAGAAGAAUGAAUUGUUCUGUGCGAACUACAGCUUCCUGUGUUAUAAGGCUCCCACACAAAGUGCAGAGAACACUGUUCAAUCCCUACUUUCACCCUCAGCAUACAUUAAGCUGUGCUAAGACUCCCCCUUCUCCCCCCCCCCUUCCCAAAUUCAUACACACUAUAUGGUUUCUAAACAAGCUGUAACGUUGCACACAGCAACUGUGCUAAGUGUUACUUCUAUCCUGCAAAGAACAUCCAGUCCAUCACAAGUGUGAGGGUGCGGGGUAAAGCUUGCUAAUGCUGACCACAUCUAGUUCUCCUUUUUGAGUCCUGUACCAAUCCUCUAUCCUACCUUAGGAGAUAUAAAAGGUUAUUUUUGUCAGUAGAUAUACCUUCUAAUUCAAGCUGCCUCUAGUUGUUGAUUAUAAACGACACCAUCCUUAGACUGAUGCAGACACCCAGGUUUUCCUUUACCCUAUAGUUUUAUGCCUAGUCGGCAGUGGACAUGGUGGCCUUGAAAAUAGGUUGGUGACCACAAGGUAUGGUACUGGAUCAGGAAGACACUCGUUGGAGCAGAUUGUGACAAAUCAAUUGCAUAUAAUUGUGAAUCUACUGCCAAUUACUACUUCCUAUGCUACAACAGGGGUGACCAAUAGGUAGAUCUGCAGCUUUUGUAGAAAUUCAACACAUUUGCGUGCUUUAAGUUGCAAUUCUACAAGAGCUAGCAUAACAUUUGACCUCCCUCCUAUACAGGGCCAAAUGUUAUGCCCCUAACUCUUGUAGAACUGCAACUUAAAGCAGGCAAAUAAUAUAGUUUAGUUUAAAUUAUUGUGAGGCAGUUAGUAUUUAGGUAGUAACUUAAUAUUCUGUAUAAAUAAAAUAAGGUAAGCUAAAUAUGAUCACUAAACUUUAUCACUAAUGCUUUCUGUUCCCUGGGGUACAAUGUCUCCGAAUUGUCCUUUUUUAGUAUACAUAUUUUUUUUCCUUUAAAUUUUUGAAGUUCUUUUUUAUAUAAAGAAGUCCUAGUAAUUAUAAUGAAAGCAAACUAUCUCAAUGUUUCUAUUAAAACCACAUCUCAAAGAUGCCUUAUUUCUGUCUAAACACCACUUUUUCACAUUUCCAAAAAUAAAUGAGAAGUUCUACUGCUCCUGUUAAAACACACAAGUAACACAAGGAUACACCUGUGUGUGUAUAUGAUUUUUUUUGCUUUGAAUCAAAGGAUUCCCGAUUGCCACCUCAAUUGCUAAAAGUAAUUGGUGGUAAGAUUUUAAAGGGCUUUGUUUAUGUCUUUUUGGGGGUGGGGGAGUGUUUUCAUUUUGUUAAUGUUCUACAGGAUAUUGAUCACCUUGUUUAUCUUAACUGUGGGUUAUUUAUAAUAAAGUCUGCAUUUGCAGACUGGUGAUAUAGUCACACGGGCUAUUAAUUGAUGUGUAUAUUUAUAUAUAUGAUUCCAAGUGCCGGUUUGUGCUAUUACAACCCCUUAAUGGUUUGCUGACCAUUACAGUAAAAAAAAAAUAUAUAUUAUACACCACUUUGUCAGAUUUGACACCCUACUUAGCCUUGCUCCUCCUCCUUACAUUCAUUGCUUUUUGCCUCCUCCAUUUUUCCCUUUAACAAACCAAAUGUGUCUUAAUAUUUUGAUUUUACAUCUGUCACCCCCACCUGUUUUGUGUUCUAAACACACAUGUAUAUUUUUGGUGUGUAAGAGGUGUUGGGGCGGGUAGCACAAUAAACAAAAAAAACAAAAAUCUGUAAUUUAAGGAGAAAUAAAAGCUUUAUUUCAGAACCCUGGAAUUUGAUGACGUUGUAUAUAUAUAUAUAUAUAUAUAUGUGUGUGUGUUUUUAAUGCAGUUCCGUCAAUGGCGAUAAUAAAGAUCUUCCAAUUUA